AUGGGUAAGAGCACAUUAGCAGUGUCCUCCUCUUGGGCAGAUAAGGUUAGAGUGACUGAGGUCAGGUCCCACUUCACCCUUGAAGCUGUGGACCUCGAUAUUAAGGAUGACAUUUUACAUAUCCUGGAUGAUGUUAUUGAUGACAAUGAUGUUGAAUGGCUACACUGUAUUGUGGGUUAUUUCCCGGGGUAUUCUAUACCAUUUCAUGCUGCCCACUCAAUUGCUUUCCGUUCAUGGGAAGCUGCGGGGUUGGAAGAUGUUAUGUCGACUGGUACUGGUUUUUUCAUAUUUAGAUUUAGGGAUGAGGAUGCGGUGCAUUCAAUCCUUGAGAGAGGGCCGUGGAUGUUUGGGGGCAAGUCUAUUGUUCUACAACAAUGGCAUGCUCAUUUUUCUUUUGAUAAAAGCUGCAUUUCCAAGGUUCCGGUGUGGGCUCAUUUGCAUGGGUUGCCUUAUCACUUAUGGUCUCAGAAAGGACUCUGCAUGGUUUCUUCUAUGUUGGGUCGGCCGUUGUUGAGUGAUAAAACAACCUCGGAACGGACCUGUUUAGAUUAUGCUUGGGUAUGUGUUGAGAUAGAUGCAGCAAAGCCUCUAAAGUGCCAUUUUGAAUUUCAAUGCUGGUUAUCUGCUGAACCCAUUAAGAUUACAGUGGAAUAUGAGUUGACCCCCAAGAGGUGCCCCAAGUGUUGUGUUUUUGGCCAUGUUUGUCACCAACGAGAGGUACCUAUUGCAACUAUGGCUCAGGGUAAGAGUAAGAUAGUUACUAGCUUCUAG